CAGUUAAAGGGGGCGGGGCUCCGGGGGCGGAACCUGUUCUCCCGCCUCAGGUGAGCCGCCCGCCCGCAGCGGCUCUCCUCAGUCUCCAGCUGCGCGGCAGACGGCGUGGACUCGUAACCGUGUGCCGGAAGCUCCUCGACGCGACUUCAGCCCCCCAAAAUACACCUUUAACCGGCCGCAUGGACCCUGAGGCCCGACAACAACAAACAUUUUGGUCAACUGUCAAAAGCACCUGAAGGUGUCAAAGUGCUGAAGGCGAUGGAGCCGUUGGACGACAUGGUGAAAGUCCUCACCAGGAACAACUUGAGCAAGAGCCUCGGGAACUUGGACGAGUGUUCCAAGAGUCCUGACACGAUGCUGAAGGAUUCCUACAACAAACUCUACAAUGCCAAAAUCCGGAAGUUUAUGAAGCGCAACACGCUCGGUUCCAUGGAGAGCAUCGUAAGCGACGAGGUCCGGGGCAGCAUGAAGACCGACAUGGGGUUGCCUCGCCUCGGAGUUGACUUUGGGCUUAUGAAAACCAGGAAAAGGGCCACCGACGAUGACGCCGAUUCCCUAUCUGAUGACGCUGGAGAACUAAAAUAUGACGGAAAUCUGAACCUUCCACCGAUGGGUGGAGCUCAGGUACCAAGACUGACAGUCGAUGCUAGAAGUCCAAAGUUCAACCCUUCAGACUUCCAUGUAUCCGGAACAUUACCAGAGGGUCCAAACACUACAGCUGGUCUACAACUGCCAAACACUGGUAGUCCGUCAAUUCCCUUGACGAUGCCAAAUUUAGAAAGACGUCAAAUUGGACUGGAGAGCAACAGAACUUUGAGAGCCCCAGAAAUGGGUUUGGACUCACAAGUUAGUACCCCUGACAUGGGGAUGCACCUUAAUGGGGCAAAUAUCACAAGUCCAUCCUUUGACAGCGGUGUUGAAGGAACAAACGAAAUGCCAAAAUUCAAAAUGCCAAACUUGGGCCUCUCUGGACCUUCUUUCAGUGGUCCAGAUGGUGAGUUCAACACGCCAAAUGUCGGAACCCCAGAUGGUCUCUUGGGUAAACACAAGUAUUCCCAAAGAGUGAAAAACCCAGAUCUUAACCUGGACAAUCCUUCCAGUUAUAUCGAGUCACCGAACCUCAGGCUGUCUGGGAGAUCUCCUGACUUGGACUUAGAAAUGCCAGGUGUUGAUAUACAUGGGCCAAACAUUGGCAUGCCUUCAGGAAAAGUCAAAAUGCCACACGCGAAAUCAAGCAUGAAAUUACCGGAUUUAGAUGUUGAUAACCCAUCUGAUAAAUUGACUAUGCCCACAUUUGGUUUAUCAGGCCAGAGGGAAAUUGAUGUUAACACACCUGACUUGAGUCUCAAAACACCAAAGAUCAAGGGUGGGAUUCAUGCACCCAAUGUGAGUUCACCAAAAGCUGACCUAAAAGGACCAAAUCUAGGCUUUGGCAUUCCAUCGGUUGACACUCAAGUUCCAUCUGGAAAAUACAAGGCUCCUAAGUUUAAAAUGCCCAAAUUUGAUUCACAAGGCAUUGAAGUUCCUGAUUUUAACGGGGAUUUUCAGGGACCAGAUGGUGAGUUAAGGACUCCUGACUUUGAUCUCUCAGCCCCCAAACUCAAAGGAGCUUUUGACUCUCCAGAUUUGAAUUUGCCGGAGAUGGACUAUAAUAAACCCAAACUUGAUCUUAGCAGCCCAGACGUGGACUUGGAUAUGCCCUCAGGUAAAGUCACGUUACCGACAAUGAAGAAACCAAAUAUGGCCUUGAAUGCUCCCGACAUGCAUAUUGAUGCUCCCUCAAGCAAAUUUAAAAUGCCAAAAAUGAACCUUUCAGGCACAUUGCCUCGAGGACCAAAUUUAGACGGAAACUCACCAGAUCUAAAUCUUAAAGCUCCAAAGGUAAAGGGUGGAUUUAAUGCCCCUAACUUGAAUUUACCAAACAUGGACUUCAAAGCUCCAAAGUUUGACGUGAACACUCCAGAUGUCAAUCUUGGUUCACCCAAAACAAAAUUAAAGAUGCCAAAAUUAAAGAUGCCUGAAUUUAGUCUUCCAAACCUAAAAGGACAAGAUAUCGAUGGCAAUUUGCAAGGUCCAAACUUCAAUGUUGAUGCACCGAAUGUCAACCUUAAUGGUCCUAAAGCUGGUUUGGGAAUGCCGGAUUUGGAUAUUUCUGGUCCAUCAGGUAAAUUCAAAAAGCCCAAAUUUAAUUUGCCUGAUUUUGGGCUUUCUAGUCCAAAAUUAGAUGGCCCCAACCUGGACCUCAAAUCACCUGAUCUCAAUUUCUCCAGCCCUAAACUCAGUGGUGGAAUAAACGCUCCAGACAUAAACAUGCCCAAGGUUGACCUCAAAAGCCCAAAGCUGGACCUAAAUACCCCAAAACUCAAUUUGGAGAUGCCAUCAGGGAAACUAAAAAUGCCAGAGCUUCAGUCUUCAGAUUGGGAUGUUAAAGCUCCUUCGGGCAAAUUGAAAAUGCCGAAAUUAAAACCUUUAGGUGCAUUACCAAGGGGACCUAAAAUGGACAUAGAUAUGGAUCUGAAAGCUCCAAAGUUAAAGGGCGGAAUCGAUGGCCCUGACUUGGACCUACCAAAUAUGGACCUUAAAGCUCCCAAGUUCGAUGUAAAUGCUCCCGAUGUUAACAUUGGUUCACCCAAAGGAAAAUUUAAAAUGCCCAAAUUAAAAAUGCCCAAAUUUACCCUUCCAGGCCGAAAAAAACCUACGUUUGACGGAAACUUUGAUGGCCCAGAUUUUGACGUAGAUUCACCCAAUGUCAACCUCAAAGGUCCUAACGCUGGUUUGGGAAUGCCAGAUUUUGAUAUUUCUGGUCCAUCGGGUAAAUUCAAGAAGCCCAAUUUGAACCUGCCUGAUUUUGGGCUUUCUGGUCCAAAGUUGGAUGGCCCGAACCUGGAUCUCAAAACACCAGAUCUAGAUAUGUCUGGUCCCAAUCUCGGUGGUGGUUUCAAUGCUCCAGACAUCAAAAUGCCUAAGGUUAAUCUUAAGAGCCCCAAACUGGACCUUAAUGCCCCAAACAUAGGUAUGCCCUCAGGUAAACUACAAAUGCCAGAGCUUCCUUCUCCAGACUGGGAUGUCAAAGCUCCCUCAGGCAAAUUGAAAAUGCCUAAAUUCAAUCUUUCAGGUCCAAAGGGACCUAAUAUGGACAUAAACGCAGAUCUGAAAGCUCCAAAGUUAAAAGGUGGAAUUGAUGGCCCUGACUUUGACUUACCAAACAUGGACCUUAAAGCUCCCAAGUUCGAUGUAAACACUCCAGACGUUAACAUUGGUUCACCUGAUGCAAAGUUUAAAAUGCCGAAAUUGAAAAUGCCGAAAUUGAACUUCCCAACCCUAAAAGGUCCUGAAAUUGAUGGAAGCUUUGAUGGCCCAGAUGUUGACGUAAAAGCACCCAAUGUCAACCUCAAAGGUCCUAACGCUGGUUUGGGAAUGCCAGAUGUUGAUUUUUCAGGUCCAUCUGGGAAAUUCAAAAAGCCAAAGUUCAACCUACCUGAUUUUGGGCUUUCUGGUCCAAAGUUGGAUGGCCCGAACCUGGAUCUCAAAACACCAGAUAUAGAUAUGUCUGGUCCCAAUCUCAGUGGUGGUUUCAAUGCUCCAGACAUAAACAUGCCGAAAGUUGAUCUUAGGAGCCCCAAACUGGACCUUAAUGCCUCAAAGCUCAACAUGAACAUGCCAUCAGGUAAAAUAAAUAUGCCAGAGCUUCCUUCUCCAGACUGGGAUGUCAAAGCUCCCUCAGGAAAAUUCAAAAUGCCUAAAUUUAAUCUUUCAGGUCCAAAAGGACCUAAUAUGGACAUAAACGCAGAUCUGAAAGCUCCAAAGUUAAAAGGUGGAAUUGACGGCCCUGACUUUGACUUACCAAAUAUGGACCUUAAAGCUCCCAAGUUCGAUGUAAACGCUCCAGACAUUAACAUUGGUUCACCUGAUGCAAAGUUUAAAAUGCCUAAAUUGAAAAUGCCCAAAUUGAACUUCCCAACCCUAAAAGGACCUGAAAUUGACGGAAACUUUGAUGGCCCAGAUGUUGACGUAAAUGCACCCAAUGUCAAUCUCAAAGGUCCUAACGCUGGUUUGGGAAUGCCAGAUUUAGAUAUUUCUGGUCCAUCGGGUAAAUUCAAAAAGCCAAAGUUCAACCUGCCUGAUUUUGGGCUUUCUGGUCCAAAAUUGGAUGGCCCGAACCUGGAUCUCAAAACACCAGAUCUAGAUAUGUCUGGUCCCAAUCUCGGUGGUGGUUUCAAUGCUCCAGACAUCAAAAUGCCUCAGGUUAAUCUUAAGAGCCCCAAACUGGACCUUAAUGCCCCAAACAUAGGUAUGCCCUCAGGUAAACUUCAAAUGCCAGAGCUUCCUUCUCCAGACUGGGAUGUCAAAGCUCCCUCAGGCAAAUUGAAAAUGCCUAAAUUCAAUCUUUCAGGUCCAAAGGGACCUGAUAUGGACAUAAACGCAAAUCUGAAAGCUCCAAAGUUCAAAGGUGGAAUUGAUGGUCCUGACUUUGACUUACCAAAUAUGGACCUUAAAGCUCCCAAGUUCGAUGUAAACGCUCCAGACGUUAACAUUGGUUCACCCGAUGCAAAGUUUAAAAUGCCCAAAUUGAAAAUGCCCAAAUUGAACUUCCCAACCCUAAAAGGUCCAGAAAUUGACGGAAGCUUUGAUGGCCCAGAUGUUGACGUAAAUGCACCCAAUGUCAAUCUCAAAGGUCCUAACGCUGGUUUGGGAAUGCCAGAUUUAGAUAUUUCAGGUCCAUCGGGUAAAUUCAAGAAACCAAAGUUUAACCUGCCUGAUUUUGGGCUUUCUGGUCCAAAGUUAGAUGGCCCGAACCUGGAUCUCAAAACACCAGAUCUAGAUAUGUCUGGUCCCAAUCUCAGUGGUGGUUUCAAUGCUCCAGACAUAAACAUGCCGAAAGUUGAUCUUAAAAGCCCCAAACUGGACCUUAAUGCCCCAAAGCUCAACAUGAACAUGCCAUCAGGUAAAAUAAAUAUGCCAGAGCUUCCUUCUCCAGACUGGGAUGUCAAAGCUCCCUCAGGCAAAUUGAAAAUGCCUAAAUUCAAUCUUUCAGGUCCAAAAGGACCUAAGAUGGACCUGAACGCAGAUCUGAAAGCUCCAAAGUUAAAAGGUGACUUUGAUUUACCAAACAUGGACCUUAAAGCUCCCAAGUUCGAUGUAAACGCUCCAGACGUUAACAUUGGUUCACCCAAAGGAAAAUUUAAAAUGCCCAAAUUCAAAGUCCCCAAAUUGAGCUUCCCAACCCUAAAAGGACCUGAAGUUGACGGAAACUUUGAUGGCCCAGAUAUUGACAUAAAUGCACCCAAUGUCAACCUCAAAGGUCCUAACGCUGGUUUGGGAAUGCCAGAUUUAGAUAUUUCAGGUCCAUCGGGUAAAUUCAAGAAGCCAAAGUUCAACCUGCCUGAUUUUGGGCUUUCUGGUCCAAAGUUAGAUGGCCCGAACCUGGAUCUCAAAACACCAGAUCUAGAUUUGUCUGGUCCCAAUCUCAGCGGUGGUUUCGAUGCUCCAGACAUAAACAUGCCUGGAAAAUUCAAAAAGCCACAUUUGAAAAUGCCUGAUGUGAAGUUUUCCAGUCCAAAGUUUAAAGCCAAAUUACCAAAAGGACCAAAUUUGAAUUUAAAGUCCGGGAUUAAAACUCCAGAUUUGAAUCUCAAAGCUUCAAAAAUGAAAGGUGGAAUCGAUGUCCCCAAAUUGGGAUUGCCGAAAAUGGACCUUAAUGCUCCCAAGUUGGAUAUGGACACUCCAGAUGUCAACAUGGGUUUCCCUGAUUUAAAUUUUAAAAAGCCCAAGAUCAAAAUGCCAAAGGUCCCCGACGUUGACAUAAAUGGGCACCUCCAGGAGCCUGACUUAAAUAUCCCAAAUGUAGACCUCAAUGGUCCAAAAGGAAAACUUAAAAUGCCAAGUGUAAAUACACCAGACCUCAGUUUCUCUGGACCUAAAGCAAAACUACCAGAUCUAAAUAUGCCAGAUUUACAUUUGCCGGAUACCAGUUUCAAAUCUCCCAAACUGGACCUCAGUGCACAUCAUCCCGAUCUCAAUCUAGAUGGUAAUCUAGGACGCCCUGAUGUGAACUUUACUGCCCCUAAUGUCAAAGGAGGACUAAGAGCUCCGGACUUUGGCAUGAAUGUUCCCUCCGGAAACAUCCAGGUUCCACAACCUGAUUAUGACUUGGACAGAUCAUUCCAAUUCCCUAACUUCAAGACGCCUCAGUUUGCAGGUCCAGAUAUGGACUUUGGUGCAUCUAUGAGACCAAGCACUCUGGAUACUCCUCCUCCGAAUGCAAAACUGAAUAUGAAAUCGUCACAGUUGAUCGGGGAUUUCACGGGUCCAAAUAUAUUGGCUUCAAAAAUGCCGACAGUGGAAAUGCGGAAUCCGGGGCUGCAGCUCAGAUCUCCCGAUCUCAACAUCGAUGACCGUUCUCCUACUUUGACAGAACAAUCUUAUAGGAAUCGCAGAUUAGAAAGCCAGGGGGUGAACGUGAGAACGCCGGACCUGGACGUAGACACCAACGUCAGACAUCCAGCGGCGCACCAAGCGAGGUCCAGCUACCCUCAGGCGGACGCCGGCUUCGGCCAACAUGUCAACUUCAAACAAGCGGAUCUCAACAUCGACGAUUUCACGGGAAAGGAUCACGUGCUUCGAUCGAGAGGUUCGCAACUCGAGUUCCAGGCGCCACGCGGCUACGGACAGGGGGUCAACCCGUCAGGUCGUACCAUGGACAUGAGGGACCCCCGACAAACCGAUAGGAUGCGUUCUGGUAGCCUUGAUAAGAUUGCAAUGCAGGAAAGAGCAAUGCAAGAAAGGGCAAUGCAAGAACGGGCAAUGCAGCAACGGGCAAUGCAGGAAAGGGCAAUGCAGCAGGGACCUAACGCACGUUUGCCACAUUCAUCUCAAGAUCCAAGAAUACGAGUCCCCGGCAACUCGGGCGAAUACUACGUCACCGCUUUUUCCCAACAACAAAAUCAAAGGACGCCAAACCAAAAGUACAACACGCUCGGGGGUCCCGAGUUUCGUCCACGGAACAUGGACCUCGAAGUCCCGGCGAGAAGUUACCAAAAAGGGGGGCCAACUUCAUUUUUGUCCAACCUCAUGUAGGUUUGAACCGCUGAUGUUUCCAGAAGCACAAUCACAUGUUUCUUUGAGUGCUUUUCACAUGUGUGAUUUAAGCUGUUGUUUGUUUACUUGUGCAAUUUUAUAAUGUAUGUUUGUUUGUAUAUAAAAAGAAAUAUCUUGUUGCUUCUUAAUGAUGAAGCCUACUUUAUGAGACAGCAUUCCUGCACUUGUUUUUAAUAUGUAAAUUAAUUAGUUUUCCACAUUUUGUAAUUUGUACUAUGUGUUACUUGACAAGGUGUUAUCUCUCUUUUAUUAUUAAGAGUAUUAUCUACAUUUAACUUUGCCAACCAAAAUGUCCAACUUUUCAGUUAACAGCUGAUGUUGAAACUCGGAGGAAAUUUGUUAAAAAAAAAAGAUUUUACAAGAUCAAAAGAUUUACAUAUUAUCAUCUUAAUGUUAAAAUAUCCAAAGUUGUGUAUAUGUUUGUAUUAUACGCUAUGUCGAUAUUUUGAAACUCAAUUUAUUUUUGUAUUUAUUGGAGAUAUACAGUAUAGUUGAGUUUAUAUAAUUUCUAUAACUAUUUGUGCUUCAACAGAGUUAUGCGUCAACAUUUUUAAGCAAUAAUAUAAUGAAAUAAUUGAAGAUGACUAUAUAUUCUAUAACUGGAAAACCUGACUAGCUGUUUGAGACGUAACUAUUACGCUGUUAAAAUGGGUUAUGGGAAUACCUUAUGUUAUUGUUUUGUACGAAAUAAUAAACACAAAAGAAUUAUG